AGCACAUUACGCACGCUUUUGCAAGUAUAUAGUUUGCUUCUGCAAUAAUUGCUUUCGUUGUAGUGAUUGACAGUUCGGCACGACGCGCUGAAACUCACACGAAGCGAAGUCCAUUGCUAUCAAUAUGUCAAGCGGCGAUGAUGAACGCGUGGCCUCGUCAACUAGCGCCUCGACUUCUGAUAGCGUUCCAUCGACGCCAUCGCCACCUACCGAAAAGAAGAAAAAGCAAUGGCAACAAUUAGCUAUGCCGACUCAUGAGGAGCUUGCAGCUCAGGAGUUUAUGAAUAACUGUUUGAUUAAGUCUGCGUUGUCGGGUUUGAUGGGUGGCGUCGCCGGCCUCGCCUUCGGCCUCUUUACGUCUUCUAUGGAAAACGCGCAUGGGGGUAUGGACACCAUGCCGGAUGUGGGCGAGAAGCCGACGCGAGUGGUGCUGCGAGAGAUGUUCCAAAACAUGAAGUCCAAGAGCGUUUCCUACGCCAAGGGCUUCGCGGUGAUGGGUGCGCUCUACUCCAUCAACGAGUGUGUGAUUGAGAAGUGGCGCGGCAAGCACGACAAGGUCAAUCCCGCGCUGGCGGGAUGUGCCACGGGGGCCAUGCUGGCGCAUAGCGCCGGACCGCAGGCCAUGUGCUUCGGUUGCGCGUCCUUCGCAGCCUUCUCCACCGCCAUCGAAUACUGGAUGGACACCUAGGCGGGCGCGGGGGAGGCGUGGUGUGCAUGGUGGUGGGGAGAGGGCAGGCUAGGGGAGUGCUGGGGGAGCCCAGGGUCUGGGUUCGUGUGUAUGUGUGCAUUGUGUGGAAUGGUGUGAUCCCCGCGGGUCAGCGGUAUACGGAGGAUGUGCUUUUGGCGGCGGGCGUGGUGUGAGGAAGCAAACUCGGGAGUCCCCUAUGGGUGUGUUUUAGGAAAGUGGCCUCGAGUUCCGAACGUGGACGGGCUUGUGGGAAGGAGGCCCUAGAGAUGGGGUUACAUGCCGUGGGAGAGGGGUCGGUGGGCGGGCGUGAAGUGUGAAGGGAGCUGGAGCCUUCCCUUGCCUGUUAGGUUGUGAUUACCGGUAGGGGUGAACGCUCGGCGCUGUAAGCAUGGGUGCCUAGUACUAGAUUGGAGUAUGGGAGGGGUUUGCGGGUGUGGGCCAGGUGACCCUUUUCGUCCUUUGUGGGUUAAGGGGGCACAGGAAGUCUGCAUCGCCGGUAUAGGACGAUUUCGCUUCAGCUUGUAAACUGGCUGCCUUUA